AUGGCUCAGUUGAACCUCCAAACAAACGGAACAGCUGUCGCUCCAGUUAAUGGAACUAACGGAACUACUGGACUACCAACUGCAAAUACUAAUAACUCAGCUCUACGUCAAAGAACCGGUAUUCCACGCUAUGCCAUCCCCUAUCGUAGACCAGAUGAGAAAUCAGGUGCUCCCACUGUUGAUAAAACAAAUGGUAGCGAUGGCACUAAGUCACCUCUCACUAAUGAUGCUGUCAGCCCGGCUGUGUCAGAGUGUGCAGUGAGCGACAAACCGGUGGCUGCUGUUUCAGGUAUUCCACGUGGGAGAAAUGGAUUUAGAAUGGAUUCAACUGGUGAUAGCUCUUCUUGCAUUAGUGCAGGGUUGAAUCCAUACAAAGGCGCUAGAGCUGCUUCUGUUGGUGAGUAUUUAAAUGAUAUUAAUUUUUUUUCCUACUAA